ACUUCCGUUUAUUCGGGACCCCGGGGUCUCGCCAUAAGGUUAAUGUAUAUUGAGCCCAAUAAUAGGCUGUUCCUUUCCUGCAGUUAAUUGCGAUUGAUAGUUUUUUUAUAUUCAUAUGCCUAUUUCUCUACUCCAGUUUUCACAACAGUAUUACUGAAUAACGGGAUUGUGUGAUUUCUUAUCAAACUUGCCGAUUAAUAUCUAUUUUUGUAAUUGAUGCAAUCUUGGUGCAACUGUUACAAAUUUGGAAUAAUAUAUAUUUUUUAGGCCUUGUGUUUUUUGAGAGAUUGGACGACUGCAACGAUUUCCACCGAGUCAAAUCACUUUUCAGUCUCAAAAACACAAACUAGGCAUACUAUCAGAGGCUAAUAGUUUGUGAUCGAUGGUUGAAACCUUUUGCUCAGAACUGCGUUUAACAACAAGCUUAAACCAGUUAAGUUAAUGUUAUGUGCCAUCGUUUUAAAGCGCAACCGAUCUUUGUGAAUUGCCAUUCACUUUCUGUACCAUUUACUUUCUGAUUGGUAGCAAGCAUUUCGAUGGUAUGUUAUACUUUAAAACAGUCUGCCAACUGCAUGCAGCUAAAUUUUAUGCACAUUUUGUGGGGGGAAAGGUAACUUAAAACAUUGGUUCCAGCAAAUCAUUGGCUAACUUUCUGUUGGUAAAGGCACUGACCUUUAGACUUUGACUUUGCUUACGCAGGACACCACUUUUAACGGCUAGCACUCCCAAAGUUUCAUCAGAUCUAUAGUUACUGUCACUAAAUACACUUGCACUUGAGUAUAAACACGGAACACGUGUGUAUGCAGUAUAUACCGUCUCAAUACAUGAACAAAGAAAGACACUGAACUUAUCACCGUUACAUUUUAAGCACGCUGGGUGGUGACCAUGUUGCUGUUGCUGCUGGGAGCAGUAUCGGUGCUGUUGGUGGUGUGGUGGCUAUUUCGUGAUGAUCCCCCAAAGCUGUUUGGGGUCUACAGCCAACCCGGCAAGUUCUACCACAUCAAAUACGCGUUCUUCUACUGCUUAUACACGCUGCGCCAGUGGAGAAACAAACGUGAGCAGAAUGUAAUUGGGCAGGCUGGGUACGGCAGGAGGUCACGGAACACGCCUGCCCAGAUGGACUGUGCACAGCCACUCUCUAACCACCCUAAGGCCAUUGAUGCAGUUUAUUUCAAUGCAGCCAAUAAGCAUGGAUGUUAUCUUGUGGCGGCCACAGCUCGACGCCCCAACAAAGUCAUAAACGGCUUUAUCAUGAUCAAGCUGCCAAACAUAGGGCUCCUAUUAAGUACCAAUCUACCUGACAGCAUCUGGCAUGCAGAGGAGGACAUGACGUUUGGUGCAGAAGGUUUGACAUUAAAGCCAUUGGAACCAAUGAGAAAGUGGAAACUUUUUUUUGAUGGACCGAUGAGGCUAAGGGGGGAGGAUCGCACAUUGAACGUGAUCAUGGACCUGGUCUGGGAGAGCACCCUGCCAUAUUUUGACUUCGACACGGAAUUGCACCCUGCUUUCAUCUGCCGCGGUAUCGCUCGAGAGCCCUGGAGUGGCACAUUCUUCAAAGACCUGGAGGAGUCUCACCAGACUCACUAUGAGCAGUUUGGGUGGCUUCGCGGCACCAUCACUGUGGAGGGCUUUGCUCCACAAAAGCUCAUCAUGGGCUCCAUGAGAGAUCACUCCUAUGGCAAGAAGCGCGAGUGGAAGUACCUGCAUCGUUAUGCCUUUCACAUGGUGACACUGGAGGAUGGAACGCAGUUUAACGUUGGGGUCGUUUCUCAGCCCAUCACCACUUCUGUUCUGGAGAUGGGCUACUUGUACACACCAGUUGGAGAGAUGCAUAGCGUGAGCUGGACUGACUUCGACCUGGCCUACCAUGGCGAAGGGGGGACCCCACCCUCGGAUUACGGAUUCCGCUUCCGUGCAGGUGGGAAGCUGUACAAUGUGCAGUGCCUCGUGCAGGACGUCUCGGAGUUCUACAUUGGCUUCGAGUGGGAGGCUCGCAUUGUGGAAAGGCUGUGUCUCUUCAUCGUUAACGGAAGGCGUGGCUGGGGCAUCUCCGAGUGGAAUUAUCGGCGAGUGCUUAUCCUCUUCCUCCUCAUUCCACUAUACUCAUUUCUCAAACAUAUGCCCCAUGAAUCUAGGAUUGAAGCUUUUGUGACUGCAGGGAUUACUAUACUCAUUGGUUCUUUCGGUAAAGUCACGUAAGUAGAAAUAAAAUACAAAAUAAAAUAGAUCACGAAGUUUCGAACGCAAAACAAGCACUCGUCCUCAGGUGAAAAUGGCGUAAACCACACAGCGAGGGAACACACAGAGGGACAUCACAUACAGAGCACACAGAGAACGGCAAACUGCAUGGAGGCAAAUACAGCAAGAAGAUAGGAGAUGCGAACUCAGCAAACCUUAAAAAUAUAAUGCGAUGCAACCCAGUCGGCCAACAACUGCCAAGAUUUCCAUUUUUAAGGUCCAGACUUGUUUUUGUUAUGUCUUCUGCGUAUGACUGUGCUUUCUGUUUGAGGCUUCAUUUUCACCUUCUUUAUAUUACCAUCUGCUUUCCUAUUCUUGGUUCUUUCGUUAAAGUCACGUAGAAGGGA